AUGUCAAUAAAAUCCUGGGCUGCAUUCACUUCCGAUCUUGCAGAUCACUUCCGAUUUAGCUCUGGAGAAGUCAACGUUAACCUCAACGUUGUAGUCAACGUUAACCUCAACGUUAACCUCAACGUUAACCUCAACGUUAACCUCAACGUUGACCUCAACGUUAACCUCAACGUUGACCUCAACGUUGAAAUCAACGUUGAUCUUAACGUUGAGGUCAACGUUAAAGUCAAUGUUGAAAUAAACAUUGAAAUCAACGUUGAAAUCAACGUUGAAGUCAAUGUUAAAGUCAACGUUGAAAUCAACGUUAAGGUCAACGUUGAAAUCAACAUUAAGGUCAACAUUAAAGUCAACGUUGAAAUCAACGUUAAAGUCAACAUUGAAAUCAACGUUGAGGUCAACGUUGAGGUUAAUGUUGAUUUCAACGUUAAAGUCAAC